UAAGGAAGUGGGGAGUGGGAGAGGCAGUAGCAUAUAAAAGGAAAUUGCACAGGCCUGUCCUGUGUUUUUAUUUCAUGUUUUUCACAAGGUUCAUGAAUGCAAAAUGAAGCUAUUUCUCCUAAGCUGCUUGCUGUUUUCUUGCUGUUGGCAAGCUGGGGCAGUGAACCGUGAAUACUACUUGGGCAUUACAGAGACUGACUGGAACUACGCACCCGGCAGUGCCAAUGCUGUCUCUGGGCAGCUUUUUGCAGAAGAAGAGCAGGCUGAAGUCUUUCUCAAAAGAGGACCACAUAGGAUAGGAAGCACUUACAAGAAGGCUGUCUACACUCAGUACACCAAUCAUUUAUAUGAUGUGAUAGUUGACAAACCUUCCUGGCUGGGUUUUUUAGGUCCUAUAAUUAAAGGAGAAGUUGGCGAUUCCAUUACUGUCCACUUGAAAAACUUUGCUUCCAGAAACUACACGCUGCAUCCACAUGGUGUAAGAUAUACAAAAGAAAAUGAAGGUGCUUUUUAUCCUGACACCACCAAAGAUUUGCAAAAGAGAGAUGAUGCUGUGGAGCCUGGAGACCAGUACACUUACACCUGGGACGUGACAGAAGAUCAAGGUCCAGCUACAGGAGAUGCAGACUGCAUAACCAGGGCUUACCACUCCCACGUAGAUGCUCCAAGAGAUGUUGCUUCAGGGCUUGUUGGGCCUUUAAUAAUUUGCAGGAAAGGUACAAUGAAUAGGGACAGUGAUCAACACUUUGAUGCUGAAUUUAUCCUUAUGUUUUCUGUGAUGGAUGAAAAUCUCAGUUGGUAUCUAGAGGAUAAUAUCAGGACAUACUGUUCUGAGCCUUCCAAAGUGGACAAAGAUGAUGAGGACUUCCAAGAAAGCAAUAAAAUGCACUCUAUCAAUGGGUACAUGUAUGGAUACCUACCAAACCUUACAAUGUGUGUGGAAGAUAAGGUAAAAUGGCAUCUUUUUGGCAUGGGUAAUGAAGCUGAUGUCCAUUCAGCAUACUUUCAUGGACAGACCUUAAUAGAAAGGCAUCAUCGAGUUGACACCAUCAGCCUCUUCCCAGCCACAUUCGUUGAUGCUGUCAUGACACCAAGGAGCCCUGGGGAAUGGCUGCUUAGCUGCCAAGUGAAUGACCAUAUUGAAGGUGGUAUGCAGGCCCUUUUUAAAGUAAAAGACUGUAAGAAAUCCACACCAGAUCACAAUGAGAGUACAAAGAUAAGACAGUACUUCAUUGCUGCUGAGGAGAUCAUCUGGAAUUAUGGCCCAUCUGCAAUGAACCAUUUUACAGGACAGGAAUUAAUUGUUGACAGUGAAUCUCACAUCUUCUUUGAACAAAGUGAGACAAGAAUUGGUGGCUCUUAUAAAAAAGCAAUUUACAAAGAAUACACAGAUGGUUCUUUUACUGAACAUAAAAAAAGACUCGCAGAGGAAGCACAUCUUGGACUCUUGGGACCUGUUAUCAAGGCUGAAGUGGGUGAGCGCAUCAGGGUGACCUUCCGGAACAAUGCCAGCCGCCCAUUCAGCAUCCAGGCCCACGGAGUGAGCUAUGGCCGGAGCACAGCAGGGGCACAGUAUGGCCCCGUGCCCAGAGGAGGUACCGAAUCUCCAGCAUCUCAUGUGAAUCCCGGUGCUACGUUUACAUAUGAGUGGAAUGUGCCAGAACAUGUGGGUCCCACAGACCAAGACCCAGAGUGCUUAACCUGGCUUUAUUACUCAGCUGUGGAUGCAGUCAGAGACACCAGUUCUGGCCUUGUGGGUCCUCUCCUGGUGUGCAGGAAAGGAACUCUUCUUUCCUCUGGGAAACAGAAAAAUGUGAACAUGGAGUUUUUUCUACUUGCCACAGUAUUUGAUGAGAAUCUGAGCUGGUACUUGGAUGACAAUAUUUUGAUGUUUACCUUAAAUCCUGAUAAAACUGAAAAAGAUGAUGAAGAUUUCCAAGAGUCUAACAAAAUGCACUCCAUUAAUGGUUAUAUGUAUGGAAAUCAGCCUGGUCUUGAGAUGUGUAAAGGAAGUGUGGUUUCUUGGCAUUUGAUGGGAUUGGGUUCAGAAGUUGAUGUCCAUGGGAUAUACUUCUCAGGAAACACAUUUGUAACUAAAGGAACAAGAAGGGAUACAGCAAAUCUGUUUCCACAUACAGUUCUUACAGCUAUUAUGAAGCCUGAUUCUGAAGGAAUUUUUGAAGUGUCCUGCCUGACAACCGACCAUUACACUGGGGGCAUGAAACAGAACUACAACGUGAAACAAUGCCACUGGUGGAAUGUAGAUCCAUCUAUGUAUUUGCAUGAAAAGACUUAUUACAUUGCUGCAGUGGAAGUUGAAUGGGACUAUUCUCCUAACAGGACAUGGGAAUUUGAACGGCAUCAACACCAUGAGGAAAGCCCUGGCAAUCCAUUUUUAAAUAAAAAUGACAAAUUCAUUGGCUCAAAAUACAAAAAGGUAGUAUAUCGUGAAUACACUGAUCAGACAUUCAGUACUCCCAAAAACAGAACAGAGGAGCAGCAGCACCUGGAAAUUCAAGGGCCACUGCUUAUGUCAAAUGUUGGAGAUAAAAUUAUAAUAGUUUUUAAGAACUUAGCAUCAAGACCUUAUUCUAUCCACGCCCAUGGAGUGAAAACAGACAGUUCUGCUAUUGCUGUAACUAAUCCAGGUGAAACAAAAAUGUAUGUCUGGAAAAUCCCAGAGAGAUCUAGUCCUGAGAGAGGAGAUCCACAUUGCAUUGCAUGGGCAUACCAUUCAACAGUGGACAUCAUUAAGGACACUUACAGUGGAUUAAUAGGGACACUUAUUGUGUGUCAUAGACAUUAUCUGCCAUCAUUUCAUACUAAAAAGAAAGUUCAAUUUGCUCUUCUUUUUAUGGUUUUUGAUGAAAAUGAAUCAUGGUACUUGGAUGAAAACAUUAAAACCUAUUCUACCAACCCACAUCUUAUUGACAAAGAGGAGGAGGACUUCCUUGAAAGUAAUAAAAUGCAUGCCAUUAAUGGAAAGGUGUUUGGAAAUUUGCAUGGCCUGAAUAUGCAUGUUGGAGAUAAAGUCAGCUGGUAUCUGGUGGGAAUGGGCAAUGAGAUAGACAUUCACACAGCACACUUCCAUGGCCACAGCUUUGACUACAAGCAAACAGGGGUUUACCGGGCAGAUGUCUUUGAUCUGUUCCCUGGGACAUUUCAAACUGUGGAAAUGACUCCACGGAACCCUGGAACCUGGCUGUUACACUGUCACGUUACUGACCACAUCCACGCAGGCAUGGAAGCAACCUACACUGUGCUCCCAAAGGAAGCCCCUACUUCUAUCCAGAGCUGAGAUUCCUGUUGGAAGUAUAUUUGCAAAUGUCCCCAAGGAGCAGGACUGCCCAGAGCUAGCAAUACCGAUUUACUCCACUGCCAGAAAUGUCACCACCACCGUCAGCAAAUAUUUACAGACUGCUAAUUUGGAGGAUUUUAUAUAUGCCAAUAGCCAAGCAGGUGUCUUCAAAAGAGGACUAUAGAGGCCAUGAUGAGAGAUGCUGUGUAGCUCAGGUGGGUAUCAUGGCAGGACCCACAAGGGAGAUGUUUUAAGGUGUGCUGUGUCAGCAAAAAGGACUUUUACUUGGUUUCCAAAUGGUUUUAAACAACACAUCUGUUCCAAUUUGAACUUUAUGACUUGCUAUUUUUGAUACGGAUCUUUCACAGUAACAGGUACAGUAAGACUGCAACAUGCCUACAUUAAAGAACAUGUUUUAACCCAAUUAAGUUAUUAAUUGUAGAGAAAAAAAAAAAAAAAGGUUUGUCUAUUCCCAGCUGAAAGAAAGCAAACUUCAGGGAUGCUAAAAAAGCUAUUCUAUUAAUAUUUCUUCUCAUAAACUGCAGAGACACACUUUUCUUUCAGGAAUUUAUACAGAACAUCAGAACAUUAUAUACCUUCAUAUUUAAAGUCUGAUUGUCUGGAACUAUCUUUUAAUCCCAAUGUCUUCUUUAAAAGGAGCUUAUGGAAUUAAUUUAUCUAAAUUCUGUUAAAUUUCAUUAGCCUUAGGAAGCUCAGUCACUAGGAAGCAAUUGAAAGACCACUGAGAUCAGAAUAUUCUCUAUUCAAAUGACAGGGUAAAAACAAAGAACUUAAUGGAUUUUUUUUUGUUUUUGUUUCAUUUAACCAAUAUUUCUUUCCAGAAGGUCCAGUUUCUGACUCUCUAAUCAUCUAUCAUGACUGGAAUAUAACCCUCUUUCUGAACAAAUGCUGAAAUUUCUUCAGAGUGAAGGAGCAGCUGAGUCUGCUUUUCUUACCAACAGCAACAUCACUAUGAAAAAAACAGAAGCAAAAAAAUGAUCACCUUGAAAAAGGUAGCUGCUUCUUCCAAUUCAAUUUUACUGUUCUCAUGUAAAGCCACAGUGGCAGCCACGAGUAAACCAGGCUGCAUCUCCUUCAGGUGAACAGCAAACUCAGUUGGCAUAACAAUUCCUCCCUUACACUGCCUCAAGAGUCGCGGUUGCCCAAUGAAGCCACAAGCCAGUAUUGUCUACAAACAUAAUCAGAUAUAAAUCAGGUAAGGAAUUCAAUAUAUGCAUGAUUCAACCCAAUAAACUCAAUAUUUUCUGAGAAGAAAUGAAGGAAACUCAGGGGAAGAAAAUAAAUCCUUUUUCAUAGAGUAACUCUUCAGAAACUAAGCUCCAAACUGCAUGAACACUCCAAAACAAUAGGCCUUGUGCUUGAACACUGAAAGUAACAUGCUGAUAAAAGCUGAAGUUACUGUGCACAUAAGAAAGUUGGACUUUGCGAAGAAAUCCAAGACAUUCAAUACACACAGUGCUUUGAAAAAUCACUGGCUGAAUUUCCAAUGGACUACUUUGCUAAAUUUCAGUAGAUUACUUUGCUAAAGUGUGAUUUUUAUUUUGAAAAUACCCCAGAAACAGUGAUCAAAAUGUGCUGCGCUUUGUGCAACAGUAAGUUGUUUCUGGGUAUGUGAGUGCUUUCAAAGGUAACCAUCACAAGGUGCUAUUGCCACUUUAAAGACAGUGGAGAAAUGAUGCCUAAGGAAAUUAAAUUAAUGACACAAAUAUUAAGGCAGACCUAGGAGGAAAAUUCAGAUUUCACCCUGCUAUGAAUACAAACUAUUUUUCUUUCUUUAGUUUUCUAAAAGUGUGAGUUUUUUCUACUUUGAAACAAAAUGCUUUUUUAAAGAUGAACUGCAAUAAAACAUAUUUAAUAGAUCAGAUUAAAAAGAAAGAAAAUGCAACCAAACAACCCAACACCCAUAUCUCAGGCACCUUCUGUAAAUAAUUUCUAUUCUAUUCUGUAAAUAACAACCAUGCAGUGGAAUGUGUAUGUUUGCUCACAACAUGGCAAUUUCAUUUGAUCACACGGCAAAAGCAGAUGAUACUGAAUAUAAUUUUUGAAAGAGCUCCCCACAGUUCCCACCUUGCAAUUUAAAAACUUCUGAUUUUAAAAGCUCUCCAGGACUUCUUUCAACAAAGCAUAGUAUCUAACUUUGGAACAGCUAUCCAUUUAUUUCAAAAGUUUUUUAGACUUCCAAACAUCUCACUCUAAGAAAAGUCUGUAUUUCAAGCUCUGUCACCUUUGAAUAUUCCACAGUUCUGAUCAACCUUACCAAGAAGUAAUUUACAGACUGAUCUCAGUCUAAAAUCACAUGUGAACAUCUAUGGCAGAGACAGCUCCACUAAGGUUUCCCCCACAUACACUGAUGAGGAAUUCAUAUUUUGAUAGCACUGAAGUAGAUUCUGAUCUGGUCUUAGUAAGGGUUAAGUGCUUUGAUUCCACAUAAGAAACGUGUGAAACUGUAUACAGAAAUUUCAGUUUGUGUGCACAAUGGACAAAUAUACUGCUUGAAGAGCAAUUUUAUAACAACUGUUUGCAUAGAGAUGGUGUUUUCAUGGGUGUAUCACAUGUUAAUUUCAGGUGUAGGGCUGUAGAAACGCUACUAUACAACCCUAUACUGCUAUACAGGCCAGGCAGCUGAAGAGCACUGGCUCUGCAGAGCUUGUUACCUCCCAGUAAACAGCAUUUAAUUUAUCAAGAAUUAAGAGCUUCAGAACUUUUACUUAUUUGGUAAGGCUUUGCCAAGACAAGAUUACCCUACCUGCAGGGUAAACUGUAUAGUCCCAGUGUGUGCCAGCCCUCCAUUUUACUGCCAUUGCACACAUUCAGUGGAGCCUACAUAGCACAUCAGGAGGAAGAGGAGUGACUGAAAGUUUCUUUUACUGUAAAGUGCAAGUACAAAUCAAACGACUGAUGUGGGCUUUGGCAAAGUGUGAAUAGCUCAUGCUCUCAGCAUACUUUACCUCAUUAUAGGAGUCCAUCUCAUGUUCAUACAUUAUCAGGUCUCCCAUUUUCAGAGCCAGAUAAGCCUUAGUAAGCGUCAGGACCACUGAUGGCAUCAUCUUUUCUACUUUCUGAAGAUACUUCACAGCUGUCAAAGGACAUACAUUUCUCAUGCAGGGGCUGCAAAGGAUUUGAGGCAGCUGCACGGGGUCAGCGAGAUAGAAUAUCUGGAGAACUUUAUUUCCUGAUUCCUAUUGAAAUAAAAGCCAUUUGACAGUUUAGACCUUUUCAGAUAUAAAGUCUACUAUGGCAUAUGAAAGUAGUGCAGUUUUGUGGUUGUUUUGGUUUUGAGUUUGUUUUUUUUUAAACAGACAAGUACAGCUUAGCUAUCAAAUCACAGUGCCUCUCCUGCCUCUCUCCUCCCUACUAAUAAAAAUAAAGGAUCACUAACUGGUAGUGAUUCAACCCAUAUUCUGGGGUGCUAGCUAGAACCCCACAGUGAAUUGUUUUUACCAACCUCUACAAUUUGGCAAUGUUCAAAGAAACAGUUUGUUUUGCUACAGAAAUGGGAGAUGAAAGAAAUCUGAGGCAGAGCUUUCCUAAAACAGAAGUGUCUCUGUGUGCAAGUGGGAAACAGAUCACUAGCAACAUGCAUCAUGAUAGCCAAACCCAUAAUACGUAGCUUGAAAGUAGGCCAGAGCAUCACAAGUGCUGCUUGCUAUUUUUUCAGUGAAAAUGGGAAAAUAAAAAUAAUGUGAACAAGAAUAACUGUAAAACUAAAUAAGCAGCUCAUCAUUGUCAAUGGGAAUUUGAUUAAAAUUUGAUACACAGUUCUUAAAAUCAGAACUAAACAGAUUACAGAAAAAACAACUUGUUUCUACCUUGCUUAAUUCUUCAUUCAAGUCUUCAUUAAGAGAGUGAGUUAAGUAAAAUAUGAAUCCUUUCUCAUAUGUCUGUGUUUCAUCACCUUCUGAAACCAGUCUCUUUAAAACCUCAGUCAUGGAUAAGCCUGACAUUCUGUAGUAUGGCAAAGCAAGGUGGUAAUCCUUAGUGUCAAACCUGUAGACAACAGAGAGGAAGGAAAAAAAAAUAACAAAAAAACUAAGGGCAACACUUUUGCCAUCACUCUUGGUAAGAACUAAAACAAUACAUCAAACAAAGUCAGACACGUCAGUUAUCUGCAUGUUCAUAGUUCAUAUUCACAUAAUGGUUGCAUUCUGUGUUUAAUGACAAUAAAGACAACCAGACUGACCAGAUCAAGCUGUUUUUGUAAAAGAGAGACUUACAUUACAUAUGUAAUACUAAUGUAAACCAGCAAAGAAUUACGGAUUUUCAUUUUAAGGUUACAUUAUUGGAAACACAGCUCACCUAUACCACCUCAACAUGUAAAACAUACCUGCUGUAGCAGUCUCCUAAGAAUGCACAACUUUCUCUGAACGCUCUUAGAAGUUCUUCUUUCUCAUCUGAUUUAAGGAAGUGAGGGUCCAUUAUAGCUGCUCGGAUCAGUAAGUGAGCCUCACUUAAAAGAUGGAUGCAGCUCUCAGUUUUAACAUUUUCAUAAGUUCUACUAUAAUCUACCUAGAACAGACACAGGAUAUACUUGAGCUACUGGCAAAAAUUAAGAAUAUACAGGAGCAAUUCUAAUGAGGAAAGCCAUUUGAAACAGGAUUAUGUGCUAUACAUGAGAAAUACAUUACAUUAUAUUCAGCAAUGGCAUGCAUCGGAGAUUAAUUAACAGUACUUAUUUUAGUUAGCAAGCAACAAAAGCAGGAGUCGGGCAAUACCAUUUCUCUGUAAAGCUGAAUGGUUGAAACAGUGUUUAUAAUAUAUAAAUUCCAACCAGGCUCUGACUCAGAAUUUGUUCUGGAUUUGAUGCUGUCAGCCUUUCUGGAACUAGAGGAGGAAAAAAAUUGAGUUGUCAAUGUUGAAAUAAACACUAUGCAGCCAAAACACCACCAUUCAUUUGAUAAUUCAAAUGCAUAAAUAGGUAUGUUUGCAGACAAGUGAAUGUUGGAGACUUUAACUGUGAAUUUGAGUCAGAACAGCUAAUAACAAAAUGGGGAUAGGCAUGUUCACACACCGGGAACAUCAUCAGAACUGUAUACUACAUCUUCUCUGGUGUUUUACACCAGGUAGUAUCAGAUACUUACAGGGAUCACAGAAUCAUCAAAUGGCUUAGCUUGGAAGGGACCUUUUAAAGAUCAUCUAGUUCCAACCCCCCUGUCAUGAGCAUGGGACAGGUCAGACUGCCCAGGGCCCCAUCCAACCUGACCUUGAAUAUUUAAGUACUUUAAAUUAGCUAAGGUGUUUACGUUCAUUCUGUAAGGACUUAAUGCACGUUUGCCCCCGCAGUUUUAUCAAAGUGUUUGCCAAGACAUUGUGUAAAGAAAUACCAGAAUGCUUUUACUCACAUGUUGGUUAGGUUUGAUAUGCCCAAAAAAACACCACAGGAAAACACAGACUCUUUUUGUUCUUCUUUUUGGUUUUUAACUGUUCUGGGAUAUUUACAUCUUUAUUUUCAAAUUAUGGUACUAAGUAGCCUACUAUUUGUUCAACUCGUGUCCUUUACAGAAGGCAUAAAGAGUAUCUUCCUCAAAUGCCAAUUAGAAUAUUUGAAACAACACAAUUGUCAGAAGAAAAUGUGCUUUAUUCCAAAAAACGACAGUAUUUUGAAUAGGCAUUCUCCCUGAUAGGCUUAUCCUUAUCUUCUCCUGAAUAAUGUCUGCUCUAGGCUUUAAGAAAUACUGGUUCAAAUAACUGCUUCAAUCAACUAUAGCUGUCCCACUCUUGUUAAUUAACUUGAACUGACUUUAAGAAAUGUGGUUCCCGAAUAGCUGUUUAGAAUAGCUCCUUAUAUGUUUUAUGAAAAGCCCACAAAAAAUAAGGGGGAUAGCAGUUCCCAUGGAAAUUGAUAAAAAGUCACAUAUGCCUCUGGCUACUUACAUGCUACAAAAGUAACUUGGGCCAAAGUUUGAUCCAACUUUUGUCAUGGAUAACUGUUGCGAUGUUCAUAACUUUUCUUGUAAAGAACCCCAAAGAUAAGACAUUUUCAUUUUGUGCUACAGCACAUUUUGUAACCUGUAGCUUUGGUACUCUACAUAGUACUUUAGUUUCUCAAGAUAAAUAUUUUUUUCUUCGCUGGCUAAGUUCUUAGUAAUGUUAUUUUAACAUUUUGUUGAUUUCAAGCAUCUAUGAUCCUACUCUCAUUUCUUCUGCAUCAGUUAAUACAACAGAAUUUAAAAAAAAAAAGUUUGAUUUCUGUUCUCAUUCACUAAGAAUGGAAUUCUUUUCAAACAGUUUUUCCACAGAGGAACUACUCCCACUGCAGUACCCACAAAUUCAGCACUGUACCCAGAGCUGUAAGUACCAUCUCUCUAAAAGACACAAAUCCUUACAGCAUCCUUCUUGUAGGCUUUCUCCUUUCAGUAAUAUCUUCUGUGUCUGCCUUUGUCAAAAGAAUUAUAUGGUUUUUGAAAUGACAGAUAGCUCUUGGUCCUAUAAAAAGCUGCAUUCUUAAUGUGCAGACAUCCAGUGUGACAGGUGGACAAGCCUAUAAAGGAAAGAGAUUGUUUUGUCAUUUCAGUUAGUACAUACUUUGAGUCUUUAAAUAAAUCAGGGAAAAAAGUAACCUUUGUACAAUGAUCUGACAUUAAAAACAUUCCUUGGCUUUUUCUAAUUUGGAGUGCUUCACUUAAACAAGAAUAAAAAUACUUAUAAAAGCAUGACAAGAAACAUUUAACAAUGAGUAAAAGAAAAAAAAAAUCAUUUCCCUCUUCAAAGCAACUACAGUUUUAGCUGUGUGUCUUAAAAUAAUGCAGGCUGAGCCAGAUGUCUAAUGUGGAAAACCUAAUCCCAAAUAGUCUGAAUUUGGCCAAGUUGUAAAAGACUGCCUGGUUAUAAAAGUCUUGAUUUCAGUUGCUUAUAAAAAGCAAUUACAGACAGAAGUAUUAUAUUUGCUUGUCUAUUGUUAAAUGACGUACUCCAUAUUAUAUCUCCAAUUUGUUCAAUAUGCACCUUUCAGGAAAAACUUACCCUAUCACACUGGACUAAAAAUUGAAAAACGCAACCUCAUUUGCACAGAAAUAUUUUAAAUUUACCACUUUAAAUAGAUAAAAUACUACAUUUACAAAUUAACAUACACAGUGAAGCAAGGCAACACAGUAUUAUAUGAGUAACCUGAUUUUUGAAGACACCUCAACGUUUCUUGUAAGAGGUGGAGGCCUGCAGGCAUGACCUAGAGACUCUGAACUGCCCUGGGCUAGUCAGAACCAGAACCAGGCAGCUCUUAAACUGGUGUAAAAAACAAGCAGGAAAAAUAAUAAUAGCAAAUAAUAAAAAUAACCAUCAUCAUCCUCACACUUCAAACUCCUAUAGCCCUGUGGGACUGGAGCCCAUGGAGGAUCUGCAGCCUCUGGACAGCAAGCUGCAGCAAAGACAUCUGUGCGGGACAGCAGCCUGCACACGCCUCCAAACCUCCUCUGGAGGCAGGAGGCAGCAUUUGGCUGACUGGAGGAAUUGUGAUGGACUUUAAUGUAACCCAUGGUGAAAACACAGAAAGCUGAGACUGGAGAAUAGACAGGACAGAUUGUGUCACAUGUUUGUAUCGGUUAUCUAGUACCUCUGUAAAGAGCAGAGAAUAUGUGUUUGACUCUUGAAAAUUUUAUAAAACUUCUACUGUCCUAUGGUAUCUUUAUGUCCGCUGUCCGCAUGCUCAACAGAAAUCCUUAAAUGCUAACAUAAAACACACUUCAAUCUACUACGCCUAUUAAUGUAUAUCGGAACCUUUACAAUUCAAUAGAUUUUUACUGAUAAGCCAUUUAAGGAAGGGGGAAAGUUUAGACCUCCAAGGAUCAAAAGCCCUCCUCCUAAAAAGCAUGCUGUAAGUAUGUGGUAGCAGACUUGUUUGAUUGUCUACACUCCUCCUACAAAAUCUGUUUUUUCAAGGGCACCUGAGAGAGAGAAACAUCAUCAGCUACAAUAACGGAAAACUCUGCACCCUUCAUUCAGUUUUCUACAGAAAAGCAUGGAAUUUAGCUUAAAACAGAAGUGAUUUUAUAGUUUUUUUGAACACAUUCUACUCACAGUCUAGAAUUUAAGACGGCAACAAGAGAUUGUUUCAUUGAGACAUCUGUAGACCAUCAAAAUACAAUACUCCAUAGAUUGAAGUAAAAUAUUAAUUUUGGAUGUUAUUUUAUUCAUCCAAUAGAAACUAACAAAAUUUCAAACGGAAAAUAAGUCAACUAAGUGCCAUACCACUACUCCAAUAGUUUUAGUGAGAUAACGAGAGAUGCACCUUCACAGUUGUAUCAAUGUAGGGAUCCUCAUCACGAGCUGCUGCUGCACUGCAUCGCACUGUGAAACACUGCAGGUUCUCACUAGAGGGAAAGAUGAAAAUGCAACGAUGAAGGAAAGAAAUUGAGACUUGCAAAAAUCAAGUAGCCAAGACUACAGAGAAUCACCUCUUUUUGCUUUGAAGAAAUGGGCUUCGAAGCCUAAGCAGGAGGGCCCACUGGACUAACAUAUGAGCCUGCCCAGAGAUUUCCAGGAGACUAUGAAGGAUGUAUCAGAGGGGGAAAAAAAAAAAAAAAGGGCAGUAGCAUAGAGAAACACAGUAAUAGUAUCAGCAAAAUCAUAAACUUAGUACCUUGUAAUGACAUGUAGGAACUGUGGAGUAAGGACUGCCUGCUCGGACUUCUCUGAAUACUGGUAAGUAGAAAUUACUUCUACUAGCUUCCCAAGAGAGUAGAGAUAUCCAACAUGAGGUAAAGAGAAAAAGCAAAAGAGACUCAGUAGUUCUCUCUUGUUCUCAGUUUCCUCAUAGGCUGUCACAGAACUUCCUAGAUGUAACAAUAAGAAAGACAUUUUACAUACUUCAUAAAUCCAAACCUGGCAAUUCCAUUGCAAGCCUGAUGCCUAAAAGAUACUAUCAAACCUGUCCAAGUUGCAGACUGGUUUUGUUAGUAGCUAAUAAAAAGAACUAUAUGAAGUUAUUAGAGAGAGACCAAGGGAGAGCUACUAAGAUGGUGAAAGCCUAGAGGGGAAGCCAUACAAGGAGUGGCUGAGGUUACUUGCUUUGUUCAGCCUGGAGGAGUGUGAUGGGAGACCUAACAGCAGUCUCCAUGCAGUUCCUGAGGGAAUGACCUGAAGUUGUGUCAGGGGAGGUUUAGGUCGAACAUCAGGAAAAGAUUCUUCCCCCAGAGGGUGGUGGGGCAUUAACCAGGCUCCCCAGGGCAGUGGGCAUGGUCCCAAGGCUGCCAGAGCUCUAGGAGUGGUUGGACAACGCUCUCAGGGACAGGGUAGGAUUGUCAGGGUGUCUGUGCAGAGCCAGGAAUUGGAUUCAAUGACCCCCAUGGAUCCCUUCCAACUUUAGCAUAUUCUAUGAUUCUAUGAAAUCCGACUGCUAACAUACAGCAUUAAAUUCUUCCAUGAGUCUUCUGGGGCUUGAGCUAGUGAACCCCUAAAAUUUGCAUUCACCUCUCCCUUUCCAGUUUUAAUUAAAGCCUGUCAGAAAGGUAACCUGUAUCUUAGUGAUUAUUAAGGUUUACUACCCUGAUUUCCUCUGUGGGCUAAUGAGUAGCAGUCUAAUAUCUUAAAACACUGAGGAUAAUUUUAUUAGUGCAAUGUAAAGAGUGACUGUUUUGCAACACAAAAUUAAUCAGCAGAGAACUGAUAUAAGCUGAUUUAGUCUUCCUCAUUUGGUGUGAUGAAUUGGUAUUUUAGUUCAAGGUUUAUGCGGAACUUGGAGAAAUUUAAAGACUUUUUUGUUAACAGAAGCUCAGUUUAAAAUCAUGGAAAAGGGAGGAAAGAUGUCAAUUUGAAAAACAAAUAAUCCAGAAACAGUGUACAAAACAGGAUACAGAACGAAGCUUUUUCCUUUCACAGUCAUGUAGCCAUGUACCUGUCUGAUAUAUAGGGAGCAGCUGAACAGAGUGCAACUUUGUCUCUUCACAAAACCCAAAAGGCGACUGGUCAGGUGUAAAAUGUCUAGAGAAAAAAAUCCAAAACAACAACACGAGACCACAGUGAGAGAUUAUGAUGAUCUACUUUGGACAAAGAAAUGGCACUGGUUAUAACAGGCAUGGUUCAUGUUUUAACACUCAACAACAAUUCACACUCCUAUUACCAAUGUCAUUAGCAUAGCAAUGCCAAGCAGCACGGGGCACAGCUACAUACAACUAUCUUGAGUUCCUGCAGCCAAAAUCCUCUUUCUUUGCUUGUCUGCAAGAUGCAUGUCAAAGUCUGAGAUCAUUGGAAGAUAUGUUGCAAUUGAUUUGGACCUCAAUUUAACCUUUUUUUUCUCCCUUUUUAUUCUACUGAGCUGUAUGUAACAUCAUGUCAUCUCCAAUCCUGUUUUUCUUUCCUAUUACGUGUCAUCUUUUUCCCUACUUUGCUUUGGAAUUCACUGCUGGACUGCGACAUUAAUUCUUCCUCGGUCUUUGAUAAAAAUGCUGAUAAAAGAGGAAGACUAAAUCAGCUUCCUGAGAAGGGGACGUGGAGAGGGAGAUGCUGAGCUCUUCUCCCUGGGACAGGACACCUGGGAGGACUCAAAGCUGCGCCAGGGGAGUUUCAGGUUUGACAUGAGGAAGCAUUUCCUUACCAAGAGAAUGGUGAAACACUGGAACAUGCUUCCUAGAGAGGUGGUCAAUGCCCCAGGCCUGUGAAUUAUUUAAGAGGCAUAUGGACUGUGCCUUUAGUACUAUGCUUUCACAGUAGCUCAGAAGUGGUCAGGCAGCUGGACUAGAUGAUUGUUGCAGAUCCCUUCCAAGUGAAAUAUCCCAAUAUAUUUAAUAAAGGGCUUUCUUUGGUAUCCCAUUAUUUCCUCAGUUCAAAAGAAACCCUAACCCUUAAAAAAUCCCCAAAAGUUAAAAAUAUCAGUUUUCUUUCAGAAAGACAUAAUCCACAACUCAUUUUGAUUUCUUGUAGUAAAUUAACUCAUAAAGGGGGAAAAUACAUUUGUAAUACCUGAAAAGCAGAUACUGCACUUGGAAGCACUUUGUCUCCUCAGUAGGUAACUCUGUGGAUUCCAAUGUGAUGGGUAUCUCACAUAGCUUACUUUCUUCCCCAAGCAGUUCCACUGGCUUCUGGCAUAUGAUGAACUCAUCUAAUUCAAGCUGCAAAGUAUGUGUUGAAGGGCUUUCAUCUUUCACACCUGAACAAUGAAAAUGUUAUCUUAAUUGUUCAAACCAUUCCAUUCAGCAGUAAGAAAUUGGUAUGACACAGUAUCAAUUAAAUACUCCAAUUACAGCUACAUAGCUAGGGUUUGCUUCCUCAAACCAUCAGAUUUUGAAAACAGCCAUGCUAGAAGAACUAUUCCUUAAUUAAGCCUCAGCAGUCUGAAUACCCAGAAGUCAAGAUUUCUGAAAAAAACCUCAUGUAGACUGUUCAUUAGAAAGCAAGUCCAAAGCAACUUGUGCUGCAAAUGGUUGGUCAUCAAAAACUGUUGUCUUUUGGCUGGAGGGGUUUUGAGAACAAAAAGGCAGCAAUGACAGGAAGUUGUGCUCUCUUAAACUUAAGUUCUGGAAAGCAAAUCCUAACAACACUCGGGAAGAAACUGGAACUUUUCUGUCUAGUUUUUAGUAAUAAAAACAACUACAUGAUCUGAGAAAAGUUCCAUCUUCACUCAGUGAAGAACAUUCCUUUUAUAUUUUCCCUGUGACAAGUCUUAUUUACCUUUAAAUCUUUCUGUAGGUGCAGUUUCCAUUUCUACAAGACCAUCAUUCUAAGUUUAAUUAUAAGCAAAUUAUAAACUUUCCUAAAGUUUGUUGUUGUUCACCUGAUACAUAUACUUUUGAAAGGUGGGAACUGAUACUUGAUUAUGUAUGGACUGAUGUCUUGCAAUACACAGGAAUGAAACCUACCACCUGCAUGUACUUCUGGGAUAUCUAGGAUUUUAAGGAAAGGCCUCGAAUAAGAAAAAGGACUGAAAAAGGAGAAUUUGCUUGAUUAUGCAGGUCUGAGCCUACUAACAGUUACAAAAGUACACAGGCAUUGCCACAGAAACAUUCUUAAAUGUGUAAGCCAGUUAUUUAGGCAGUGACACUGACAGAAUAAAUUUUCUGAACAUAGCACACUGAACUACUUUACUUUAGUAAAGAACACUUUAGUUUGGCCCAUGGUAGCAUGCCGAAACAGCAACCUAAUUCUCUAUCUGUAGAGGCUAUCCUGAAAGUGUGCAGAAUGAUGGCAUAUUUGUUUCAAUUGUUACCUCCAACUGCAGGGUUGGUACAACUUUCCAUGCCCUAGAACAUUCUGCUGACAGUCACAGGACGAUCUAGAAAUAUUUGCCGAAGGGCAAAGACCUUGUUUGAGCCUACUUUCAGAAUAACAGGAAUCAGUGAGCAGAUUCUUAAAGAUACAAAAAAAAAAAAAAAAAUUAUUUCUGCACUUACCUCCAUCCACAGUCUUUUCUGGUGCGCUGACUCCCUGAGCACAUUGCUCUGUCCUGUCUGCACUUUGCUGGACCAGUUCCAGUUUCAGGAUUAGAACAUCCAGCUCUGUUGUUAUGGCUAUAUGUCUGGCACAAAAUGCAACUUCAGCAGGAAUGAGAUUAUCAAUGUGCAAAAUUAAGGAGCGUUCAAAAUCUAACACAGUCAAAUUCUGGUUUAUGACCAGGUAUUUCAAACAGAAUAUGACUAAUUUAUUCUUGCAGCCCACAAGAAGAUCUCCAUUUACAGGACAACAUGAAAUGCACAGUGGAGGGUCUGAAAGUGGCAUUUCAACAACUGACAUCUGUUCUUUCCAGGUUUCACUAUAUGACUCUUCCAUCUUGUGACCAACCAUCCGAACACACACACGAGAGCUCCCUGCAGACAUACAUCUCCAGUUCGUAUAUGCUCUUAGGAAAGUUGCUUUGCUUUUUUCUUCAAUUGUCACCAGGUAGUCUCCUUAAAAGAAAUACAUCAUUACAGAAUAGAUGACAAUUUUUGAGCUCUUUAGCUUCUGUAGUUCAUUACAAAGAACAUCUUAAAAGUCUCAACUCAUCCAUAAAAUUCCCAAACCAGUCUUCACCAAUUUUUCUCUAAUUAAAUACAAAGUGCAAGUUUU